AUAGUUUUAACUAAGACGACACUGUAAGUCAUGCACUUCCUUUUUUUUGGAACGUUCGAGGUUUAGUAAGAAAUAUAAUACAUUUUGCUGAUAUGUUUAGUAAUUGAAUUACACAUGGAUCUAUCCAUAAAUUAAAAAUGCAAAUGUGGAAGAAUCCACUUCACAAACAUCAACAAUCCUAGUUAUAAAAGUUAUAUUCGUGUAACCAAUGGUUUUGAAAAUAGUGAAAUGCCAACUUAGCAAUUAAUUACUGUUUUGUUUGUUUGUUUUUUUUUGUUUCCGGCAUAUCUUGUGGAAUGACAAAGCCGCAUUUAACACAAAUAUCAGACUGGGAAGCUAGGUAUGCAGAAGAUGCAAAGAGACACGCUUGGCCUUGGAUGGCUCAGCUGAUGACGAAUGAGAGAAGACAUAUUUGUGGAGGGUCGUUGGUUAAAGACGGAUGGAUUUUAACAGCUGCCCAUUGUUUCUCCAGUGGCACACAUGUUUCCAAAGUUCAUUUGGGGAAGCUAGAACUUAACCAGAUGGCUGACUACUAUGAUUAUAAUAUACAACAAAAGAAGAUUUAUAUACAUGGGCGUUACAACGAACAUGUACAUCCAAGGAAUCUGUAUGAUAUAGCACUGAUCAAACUCGAUGAAAAGAUAAAUGCUACUCCUGAAGUACUGCCUGUCUGCUUAUGGAACGACCAAAUUAAAGAUGAAUUAUUAUAUAUGGAGUACAAGACAUUUUUUGAAAGUGAAACACGGUACGGCGUUGUCACAGGCUGGGGAAGAAACGAUAUACAUGAAGAUUAUUUAAUUGAUACGCUUCAACAAAAGCAAAUGGAAAUCAAACCACAUGGUGCAUGUGAAGCAAAGCUUAGCUCUUAUCAAAAGAAACAUGUUAAUGGAAGUCUGAUGUUUUGCGCUGGAGGAAAAGAGGUGAUCAAUGGUGAAGUAAAGAUAAUCGACACAUGUAUUGGAGAUGAUGGUGGACCGUUUGUUGUCAGACAUCCUGUAAAUGAAAAUAAAUACAUUCAAAUUGGAAUUGUGUCAUUUGGUUUUGGUUGUUAUGAGGAGGGGAAGUUUGGAUUCUACACAAAACUGACAGAGGAACUGCUCACAUGGAUAGAUGAAACGAUUAAGUAUGCAGAACAGGAGAAGGAGUAAAAGAACAAACAAAUUUUCUGUUCGUAUUUCUGUGAGAGACCACUCCUGUCAAUGCACAAAGCUUAAUAUGCCAUUUUUAUUUCCUUUAAUAAAAAACAAUCAGCUUAAUUUAUUGAUAAUUUGAAAGAAGAUAUGUAAUGUAUAAUUCUUAUUUUUGUUAGAAUUGUGCAAUGUAUAGUUUCAGAAAUGGGUACAUUAAUUGCGCUGCUAAUUGGCUACUUUAAUUUCAACAUACUCAUGUUUUCAUUUUUCUUAGAUUUUCUUAGUAAUAUUGGAUUAUUUGAAAAAGGCUAUCUAACUUCUACAUACCGCUUAAAUUUUUGAAAUACAGUAUCUUGUUUUCAAAAGUUAUGUUCAUGAUAAAAUCUGUAAAAAGAUCCUUUUGAAGCAAAGAAUGCGACCAAGAAGAAUAAUAGUGAACUCGGUUAGUUUGUGUUUGUUCAUGAGAGGUAAUGAAAUGUGCAAUACCUGUCACACCCCCUAGCACUGGCUUAAGCGGAGCUCUAUUACACAUAUGUUGAAUGGACUCCAUGAUCCCAAAGGACCAGAAAAUAUAACAACACUGAAUCUAAGUACGGGGAGACCUUUUAGAGCCGCCACACUGCAUCUAAAUCUUGCUGUUGUGAUAGUUAAUAAAAUCUGUAAAAAGAUCUCUUGGAAGCAAAGAACCCAACCAAGAAGAAUAAUAGCAGACUCAGUUUGACUGAGUCUGUUCAUGAGAGGUAAUGAAAUGUGCAACACCUCUCACGCCCCUUAGCAAAACGAUCCUUUGGAAUCAAAGAUUGCAACAAAGAAGCUGUUUGAUUGACUUGUAUCAUAAUCGUACAAUUCUCACAUGUCUGUGCUGCUCAAAUAAAGUUUAAAAGAAAUGUAUCUUAUAAAGAUGAUGUAAAACGCUUCAUGAAAUUUACUUUCUAAAAUAUGCAACGGUUUAAAUCAUUUUCAUUGUAUAUAACAACAUUUAUCCAACAUUUUUAUUUAAUACAGUUUUCCCUGCUUAAAGGGAACUGUGUCACAACUUUAGAUGUCUGUAUUCAAAUAAAUUUUAUAAACCAUGCAAAACUGUUAUAAAAUUGAAACAAAAUAUUUUUCCAAAAUAUGUUUUAAAUGACAUGUGACACUUGUCCGUCAAGCUGAGAAUACUGUAUGAUAUACUAAAGAUGGUACCUAAAUAUUUAAAAUUAGACUUUUCAGUGUAACAGCUUAGUGCUUCAAUUCACUAAAUAUGUAUAUACUUUACUUCGUGUCCUUAUAAUAACUGAAAUGUUUGAUACUUUAGAAUUGGCCAUCUAUAAAUACCUGAUACAAAAUCGACAACUUCUGCAUGUACAUUUAUCAAUGAUUUGGGGAUUUCACCAAUAAUAAUCUACAUCAAAAGUCUCAACAGCUAAAUUCAGUAGAAUUCAGUAUAGGUUUAGUCUACUUUCAACACUUUAAAAGAGGCUAUAUUAAAAUUUAUUUUGUCGUUUUGUAAAUUCGAAGUCAAAGCGUGUCGAAGAGACUAAAGCUCAUUUAAAAAUUCAAGUUAAAUAUUGUAUAUGAUAUUUAACAUGUGCCAUACCAAACUGUAACCUGAAAGAAGUUAUAAAAAAUUAAUAAUGAAAACAAACACGUAAUGACCAUCAAUAUUUUCCAACUCAUGAAUGCACGCAAAGCAGGUGAUAUUUUUGUAACUGAUGGCCUGGAUAUAAUCAUUAAUGUGAGGCCCAAACAGAAAAUUGUUUAAAGUUAUGUAAACUGUCCAGAACUUUAUGUAGGAUGAAGUGCUGCGAAUCUCUAAGUUUGUUUUUAUUGUUUAACAAAUCUGGAUCUUAGAUGUGUAUAACGUAUUAAAAUGAUAUUUGACAACAGCGGCGCUUUAUGUUACCCUAUUUGCAACAAAAUGCCCCUUAACGACUCAGAGAAAUUUAAAUUGAGUAAAUCUAAAACACUUUUAAUUAAAUAAUGAAUGUAGCAACAUUCUACAUAGAUUGGUACAAAUAUGUGAUUCCAAUUUCAUCAUUUUGCUAUUUUGCAUUGUCUUGCCAAUAAUAUGUAUAUUUUUUUAUCGUUUUGUUUAAAUAAUGCUAUCCUCACUGACAGGAAGUACCUUUGAAUAGCUAAAAGGCCAAAAUCUAAUAUUAAAUUUGUAGUAACAAUUAUUUUAGGUGAAAACAUUUCUUUAAUGAAUUUUAUGUAUUUUUUGUUUAUUUAUUUUUUGAUACAACUGAACUUCCUGAUAGGGCCUCGGGACAACUUAUAAAACAACGGUUAGUGUAAGACAUGAAAAAGUGUUUAUAUUCUAAAUGGGGUCAGUUGGCCUUUUAUAGGGAACGCUAGAGCUAAAAAAGAAAUAUCUUUAAACGACAUAUUAUCAUUAACAACUGGAUGGAUAUUCUUCACGCCUGGUGUAUAGCAUCAUCACAAGGUCUCCUGCCAGUGUCUGUAAAUGGGGAUGCUUGGUUCUAUGUAGGUACUAAGACCAAAAAUAGAAAUACCUUUAAAUGACAUCUUUUCAUGAACCUCUUCUCUUAAACCGCUGGAUGGAUCUUCAUCAAACGGAAUCUGUAGCAUCAUUAUACGGUCCUCUCUCAUUUUUAUUCAAAUAGGAGCAGUCGGCAAAUUGUAGGGGCAAUUGAAAUAUCAUAAAUAUUCAUAUAUAAUAAAAUAAUAAAAGUGGGAUUUUCUUAAUAGUCGAAAGUUUCCUUGAUACGUUAUUACGAUAAUUUACAUUAUUAUCUAGAUCCUUUUUGCAUAAGUGACCAAAGCUGAAAUUUAUUACAACAAUAGUCUAACGUUUCCAGGAAAUAUGAAAAUGUUUUCAGAAAACUGAUUAACUUGCUAUAAAAUUAAGAAUAUUGCCUAGAUAUCUUAUGCAGAUUCGGAGAUCAACACGAACUUCUGUGCUAAAUUAUUUUCAGGAAAUAACAUAUCUAGAAACUAUUAUUUACUACUGUAAUCGUCUCAGAAACAAAUGCAACUAUUUCCAGUAAAUUUUAGAAUUAAUCGUGAUAGCAAUCUGCAAAAAUAUGCCACCUACGGAAGCCUCAAAGGGCCUUCAGUUGUGAGAAAAUGUUCUCGCAAGUAUAGAAAAUUUAGGUGAGAUGCCUAAAUGUUAUGGCUUUAAGGUGUUGACAUUCUCGCUUAUGUUUGAACUUUUCAAACCGCCAUAUCUAAACGGUAUAUAAAGGAAUAAAAUUGUGGGAUAACUGAUUUUUGAUUCACAUGUGGUUUAUAUAGCAUUUUAUAAAGAUAAUGAAUGACUGACAUGUCAUACGAUUAAUUCAAUUAGUAACACCAAAGAAGCGUAACAAAACAGUAACAUAAAGCCAUGUGUGACUUUUGAGAAAAACAAAUGUAACCGGACAUUUGAAACAUGACUUUCUGUUGAUUGCAAACCCAAAUAUGAAAGGAAUGCGGAAUGUAUCUUAGAAAAUUUAACCUGGAAUUAAUGAGUGCGAUGUGUUAUUUAAACCAUUUAUUUCACCGUUUUAUUUUUGCUCUUUACGUGUUCAAAGUCCUGGAGAUAAAGCAAAUAAAUUGUUACCGGUAUAUUCAAACAAUUUUUCUGAACGACGUCAGAAGUAUAAGAACCUUUUACCUUGCAAACAUACGGGUGCUAUCUUGGAUGACCUAGUUACUAUUUACAUUAUCUUGUUUGCAUAUAAGAAAUAAGGUUGUUGACAUCCAAGUUAAUUUUAGAAUGAAAACAUGGGUUUAUUUUUAGAUUGUUCUGUUGAUUGAAAAUGACACUCUCCAAGCAGUGUAGAGAGCUAACUCAUAUACUCAGUCAUGGUUUUAAAUUGUAACUAGAUGUAAAGUCCAGUCUUAUAUGUAAAAAUAGUUCAAAGCAAGUCAUGGUCAAAUCUAAUCCAAAAUUUCAUCCCCCAAAAAAUAUACAUCCUCACUUUGAAAAUAAACGUUUAAAUCUACAAUGUUAGUGUAAAUCCUUCAAAUGCUAAAUAUCCAGACUGGUAAUAUUUUGUUAUUAAGAUCAAAAAGAUUUUACUGUAGGUUCUGACCUGUCUUCAGAGAGCGUCUUAUAUAAAGCAUCUUGGAAGGUUCCAUCACAUUCAUGUAUUAACAAGAAUAAAAAAGAAGAUUCUGGAAAAGCCUUUAAAUAAUUGUAACACCCUGUUUGUCAGUAUUUGUGAUAGAACAUUCUGGAAUACCAUAGAUUAUAAAUACCUUAUUGACAAAACUUAAUGUCUCUAAACAAGAACAGGCUUUAUUAGUAAACAAUGAGUCAUCAAUAUAAAAAAACAAUACUGUGCACAUAAUGGCUAAUGACAUGUACAAAGUAAACAUUUCAUUUGUUGUAAUAAUAAUAAACAUUGAUAAAAUAGUUAUGCUUUGCUUAAUAUUAAUUUAUAUCAAUAAAUGAUGUACUGAACAAAACUGCUUACCCGCCAUUAGUUCUUUUAAGAUUUAGUCUACGUUUAGAAAAUAUAGUGUUGAUAACUUUUACAAUUUCAAAAAAUCAAAUUAUGCUGUUAUAUAAAUUAACUCAUUUUACGAUUUAAAAACCAAUAUUUUAACAGUCAUCAAAAUAUACUCAAACAUAGAAUUUACGAACAAGCGAAAAAUGUUAUGAGGGAAGAAACUGUCAACAAAAACAAAAUAACGACGUUGUAAUGUCCAAUCGUAUAAGAGCAUUUUAUAUAUGUGUGU